CAAUAUUCAUUUCUACCAUUAAACCACAAUGGCUGACGAGGACAAGACGGAGCGUGACCGGAUCUUCAACACGUUUGAUGCGAAUGGAGACGGAAAAAUCUCUGCGGAAGAGCUUGGAAAAUCGUUGAAGAUCCUUGGCUCGGUGUCACCCGAAGAAGUCCAAACCAUGAUGGAUGAACUCGAUACGGAUGGAGACGGGUACAUAUCUUACGAAGAGUUUACCGAAUUUUAUAAUGCAAACAGAGGCUUAAUGAAGGAUCUUGGCAAGAUCUUCUAAGCUUUUAUUACUAUAUCUUAUUUACGAUUACGACUUAUAGAUAUUGUUUUUGGCAAUGCCAUUCAUAAUUUAUCAUUUUCAGGUCGUAUUGAGUUUUGAAUUU